AUGUUUAUGGGAUAUGAAGGCCAGUACAUACACUACGCUAAUGCAUACAACCCGUCUGUAGAGACAGAUCGUUUGGUAGGGCCCUCUUUUCAAAUCACUCCAGGACUUGAUCCAAGCUUGAGAGACCUGACAAUUGCAAUGUUGAAAAUGGCUACACACUACAGCGCAAUGGAAGCAUUUGUAGAAGUGCAAAGCAGAUCGGAAUUCGGUGCUGUCAACCAUGCGCUAUGCGCAGCAAUACGGCAACUUCUCAAGGAUUAUUUGAUUAUGGUGGCUCAGUUAGAGACUCAAUAUAUCAAUAACCCGAACUUCACACUGCAUGUCAUGCACCUCCAUACAAUGCCUACCAGCCAGACGCUUGCCCAGCUGUACUCUCUCGGACAGGAACUGUUGAAGAAGAAUUCGCUAUUGGCCCAAGAUCCAGAUGAGUCAAUUGACGAUUUUGAUGAUGUUGAUAAUAUCCUAGAACAGCUUCGUGAGGGAGGGGAACUGGCUCCGGGAAGCAUGUCUAAGAAACUUUGCAAAGGCGGUAACGUGCUCGGUCUCAUUAGUCAACGCCUGGCUACGUUCUCAGGGGAUCCGGCUACCGGUGUAUUACUUCAAACAUUGCUACGAGAAGCCAGUCGGCCAUAUAUGGCCAUGUUGAAUGAGUGGUUGCACCACGGUGGGAUAAGAGAUCCUCACGCUGAAUUUCUUGUCAAGGAGCAAAAGGGUAUCAAGCGUGAUAAGCUUGAAGAGGAUUAUACCGAUGAGUACUGGGAAAAGCGAUACACUAUUCGUGAUCAUGAGGUCCCUCCUCAGCUGGAUGCUGUUAGGGAUAAAGUUUUGUUGGCUGGCAAAUACCUGAAUGUUGUCAGAGAAUGUGGUGGUGUUGAUAUCAGCAAGGAAGUAAAGGAUGUUCCCAAAACAUUUGACGACCCACGAUUCCUCGAUAAUAUAAAUGGAGCAUAUGCGCAUGCAAACGCAUCACUUUUGCAUCUUCUAUUAACGAAGAACUCUCUAACAACCCGUUUCCGCUCCCUGAAACAUUAUUUCUUCCUGGAUCGUUCUGAUUUCUUCUCUUAUUUUCUUGAACUUGGUGCCUCUGAGCUUCGGAAACCUGCGAAACAUGUUAACGAAGGGAAGCUUCAGUCCCUUCUUGAUAUAGUACUGCGACAGCCGGGAAGCAUUGCUGCUCAGGACCCAUUCAAAGAGGAUGUGAAAGUCAGAAUGAAUCAAAUGGGCUUGACAAAAUGGUUGAUGCGUGUUGUGAGUGUAUCUGGAAUUGACCAGGAUAACCCUGAUGGGGGCAUAGAAAAGUACCAAACUCCGGCCCCUCAAUCAUCCGAGAACGAGAAGGACAUCAUUGGAUUCGACGCCCUCGAACUCGACUAUCUCGUCCCGUUUCCUCUUUCGUUAGUGAUCAGUCGAAAAACCGUUCUCCGGUAUCAACUUGUUUUCCGACACCUUCUAUCCCUGAGACACCUUGAGACGUUACUUGUUAACUCAUGGCAAGAGCAUAGUAAAUCUACCAGCUGGAAACACAAAUCCUCAGACCGCAAAGUUGAACUCUGGAAAAGGAGGGCAUGGACACUUCGUGCCAAGAUGCUUGUCUUUGUACAGCAGCUUCUCUACUUUUGCACUGUAGAAGUGAUGGAGCCCAAUUGGCAAAUAUUGAUGAACAGAGUUAAUGGUGAUGGCACUGAGGCGACUGAAGUGACAGUAAAUGGGACGAAACAAGUCAACAGAACUGUGGAUGAAUUGAUGCAAGACCAUGUCGACUUUCUUGAUACUUGUUUAAAGGAGUGCAUGCUUACUCAGGGGAAGCUUCUAAAGAUUCACUCCAAACUCAUGACAUGUUGCACAAUGUUCGCAUCCUGGUCUGCGUCCUCAUUGACUCGCAGCUUGGCCUCGGCGGAUCCAGAUUUGUCUGGGUCAAUAGAUUCAUCCAAAACUUAUGAUCCCUUAAGGCUUGCAAAACUAGAGGACACCCUCAAGCGAUACGAGGAUCAUUUCAGCCGGCAUCUACGAAUUCUGAUGGACAGUCUCAACUACUUCGCUGCUACAGAGAGUGUAGUGCUACUGAAGCUUGCUCACUCUCUAAGUGCAAUAGGGAACGAGGAGUGA